AUAUUCAGGAAGUCCAUUGUAAACGAUGAAGUGGUUGGGGCGUGUUAUGAGAGCAGGACGCGUUGUGGGUAGACAUACAACUUGCUGACUUUUUAACCUGCGAAGCCAACCAUACACGGACCAAAUUCACUUCGGAGGACUGGGUGCUUUGGUACAGACUGGGGAUCGAACUCGCUGUGAACUGUUAUCUUUUAGCGCAGAGCUCGGGAACAGGCACAAAGUUGUUGCGGACGCCAGGUAAUAUCAGCCCCCGGACUGCCUGGAUUCCUGCAGGCUGAGUUGAGUGGCUACCUCUUCCCCCGCAGGAUUGGAGUGCUGGGCCGGUGGAGAUGUGGUGGUUCCAACAGGGGAUGAGCUUUCUUCCGGCCGCCCUGGUCAUCUGGUCGGGGGCCGCCUUCGUCUUCUCCUUCAUCACGGCAGUCACCCUGCACCAUGUUGACCCGUUGGUACCAUAUAUCAGUGACACAGGGACAUCUCCACCCGAACGCUGUCUGUUUGGCAUCAUGUUGACCAUUUCUGCAUUCCUGGGUGUGGGAACGAUGUACGUGCGUUACAAACAGGUGCAGGCCCUGAACCGAGGAGAAGAAACCGUUUUCAGGCUGAAUCAGAUAGGCCUUGCCCUGGGUCUGAUCAGCUGCCUGGGCCUCUGCAUUGUGGCUAAUUUCCAGAAGACCACGUUGAUUCAAGCCCAUGUUGCCGGUGCUGUGUUGACCUUUGGGAUGGGAAUCAUCUACCUCCUCCUCCACACCAUCAUAAGCUACAAGAUGCAGCCUGUUGUCCAUGGAGUGGGAAUCUUCUGGGUCCGAUGUGUCCUCCUAAUCUGGUGUGCAUCAAGCAUCCUUAGCAUGUUUGUCUCCUCGGUAACUCUUUACACGACAGUCCCUACCAUUGAGAUGGCUAAGAAGCUGCACUGGAACCCAUCUGAUAAGGGUUACUUGUUGCACAUGGUCAGUACCAUCUCCGAGUGGUCCCUUGCCUUCUCCUUCCUCAGUUUCUUCCUGACGUACAUCCGGGAUUUUCAGAAGAUCAACCUGCACGCUGAGGUGGAUUUGCACAACGACACGCUUUAUGACACAUUUCAUGGGCUCGAGCGUAACGGAGAGUGCAGCGCACUGCUGGCGGGGAGUUUGUGAUCGUGACACCAGCUUCUCCCCAAGAUAUGGAGGCCUCUUUCAAACCACCUCCAUCCCUUCUUCUCCAGAUCAAAUUAUUUUUUUAACCCAGUCCUGCAUCAAGUCAACUCAUGACAUGUAUGGAAAUUCCCUCUAAAUUUAUACAGUGUUAACAAAACAACUUAAUUGUGAACCUAAUGCAAAAAUCAUGAUUUUGUUGAUGUUUUUAACCGUCCUUUCUGGAAGUCCGUGUCACCAACUUCGGCGACUUCAACGAUGUAGCUCAACCUUAAAGAACAGGAACAAGGAAGACCUCAGAAUAAGGGGGUUGUAGGUCGGGAACUCUUUGGAAAGGCACUAACAGCACUUAGUAAGGUGCAUUGACCUAAUCUUCACAGCUUGGACUGAGAAUUUUCCAGGUCACCUGCUGGAUCCACAGAGGGUGAAAUUUGGAUGUACCAGCAUAACCCCACCAGUUCAGCUGAAUUGAGAAUGCCAGCUUGGGCCUUGCGUGCUGUCACGAAGACGUGGACUAACCUUUAUGUGUCAACUGCCAGUUCUGAUGUUUCUGAUAGUCCAACUUUAAUAAAUAAAAUUUGGUUGUUAU